UGUGGAGCAUCAUGUGACUGUUGUCCUGGCAAGGGGGCGCUCCAAGUCAAAAACAAAAAAAUACAAGCGGGGAAGCACUUUUUUCUCCAUCGCAUCUCGUCAUAAUGUCUGCCUGGAAAGCUGCCGGUUUCUCUUAUCUUCAAUACGCCAACGUUUGCGCCAAGGCUGUUCGUAACGCUUUGAAGGAGGAUCUCCGUGUCCUUGCUGCUCGUCGCGACCAGAACGGUAUCAAGUUCGCCAAGUGGGAAAACGGUGUUCAGAAGGAACAGAAAUUCGCUGUUAAGCAAGAGUAAAUUCGCAUUUUAAAAACAUCAUAACGGGGACUACGGUCUUUUUUCUUUCAUUGUGCCAGACGUCGUCACCGAUGUU